ACAGCCCAUCCGUCCGUUCUAUAUAAUGCAUCCUUUGAGGGUUUUCAUACGCAGGAGUAGCCGCCGCCGUCGUCGUCUGCCUCAUCCUCCUCUUGCCCUGGCGUUUUACUUCCUAUCCUUGCUUAUGAUCUCGUAUCUUCUCAUUUGUAGUUGGAGAAGAAGCUGCCUUAUGCUUUUGGGCUACGUCCAAAAGUUGCUCCGACAGAAAUACUGUUUUGUCAUUUGGAGUUAUGGGCAAUGAUUGCAUGUUAUUGAAUGCAAUUUCUUGUGAGUAUCUUGUAAGUCAGUAUAAUUUACUGAGGAGCAACUUUGGUGAGGCAUGCACCUCUUUGUAAAUCAGGAUUCAGGGCCCAAUUGAUUUUGUAAUUAAGUACGACAGUAGUAAUUAAUAAUCCACUGGAAGUAAUAGUAAAUUAUUACUUGUUUGUUGCACUUCUGUAUUGUUGGUAUGAUCUCUGGCUUUGCUUCUCAUGCUUACAUGUUUAUUGCUGGAUAUCCCUUCCAGCUAUUAUAUUCCAGAAUUAAAGUCUGAUUGACUUUAGUCUCCUUUUAGAGGAUUAUAUCUCACUAAUUAAAUAAUUGUAACUAUGCGUUUAUUUCUUUUGAUAAGACAUUGCCCUUAAUGAGCUAGGUUUAAAAAGGUUAAUGAUGAUCAUUGCUUCUUCUGACACCUCUUGUUUGAGACGGGCUACAUCAUGUCAGCUCUUCUUUGAGCAGAGUAGCAAAUGUCUGAGACCCUUUCAUGAUCUAAUUGUUAAGCGACUCGAUUUCGAGAUCCUGCUACUUGGCUUUCUAGUUUUUUUAUCCUUUGUUGUACAACCAAAUGAUUCAUUUCUCUUUCACAUUUGUCUUUUUUUUAAUUGUCCCAAGUUCAUAACAAAUUAUUCUCAGUAGAGAAAGCAUUCAUUUAAUACCAAAACUGCGUCAUUUGUUGUGAUUAUUUCUUUUUAUCAAAUACUUGAACAAUUUUAGCUUCUUGUUCUUGGGCCAUGAUGAAUAAUGCUUUUCUUCUGACACCUCUUGUUUGAGAAGGGCUUUAAUGCAUCUUCCUUGAGCAGAUUUAGCAAUGAACUGAGCCCUCGUUAAUAGUCCUUUUUUGAUCAACCCUAUCAUUAUUCCUUUCGAACUAUUUUGAUUUCAUACAAAAUUAUUUUAUCCAUACAAGCGAAUGUAUGGAGUUGUCAGGUAUGAUCUCUCAUUCUAAGUGGAGGUUGAGCUUGCUGGUUACAGAGAGAAUUGGCAUUCCAGUUGCACUGAAAUAUUUCUACAAAUCAUAAUUGGAUGUGCCAUCAAAAUAUCUUCAUCGUGAGUUUAUUGAUGAGGUAGACUGGGGAUAUGAGGUUGCUGGAGGUGAUAGCAAGGUCAAGGACGUCAGCAGAUAAAGUCUCAGCUUACACUUGCUUGGUCGAGGAUAACCCCAUCGCAAAUCUGAGGGCAUUCGAUUCCCUUUUGUUUAUGGUGACAUCGAAGGAAGGGAAAUGCUAUGCAUUUACUAGCUUUGAAGCACUGAAGGAGUUGUUCCUUUUGAGGGGAAAAUGGGAGGAGACAUCCCAUGCAAGUCUUCUGUAUACAAUUACAGCAAUCCAUGAGCAUCGUGAUGAGCCACGAAGACAAGGUCAUAGCUGCAGACUACUCCCUGACCUCUGACGAGCUGAUCUCAUGCUUGACGCCAAUGCCGGCAACUGAGAAGAGGUUGCGACCACCACCACAGGAGCAACAGGCCCUCAAGUGCCCACGGUGUGACUCCAUGAACACAAAGUUUUGCUAUUACAACAACUACAGCCUCUCUCAGCCUCGCUACUUCUGCAAGACAUGCCGCCGCUAUUGGACAAAGGGUGGCUCACUCCGCAAUGUUCCUGUUGGCGGUGGCUGCCGUAGAAACAAGCGCCGCCCUGCCUCUGCUACCAUUUUGGUGGCUGCACCAGUGCGACAUCAGCUGCCACCGGCAGUCCCCCUAGGCGGCCUAAAACCAGUACAGCUCCCAAAUUGCUUGAUGAACGAGGGCAGUUUAAAUAUCAUGGAUUGCAGUUACAAUUCUGGUGGGCUUAAUCUCGUCAUGAACCAUGCUAAACAUGAAAUUGGAGAUAUGAACACGCUUGGGCUUUGCAUAGACAGAAGCGCAUUAAUGGUGGAGCCUUGUCAAAAGCUGAAGUUUAUGCUGGAAGAUGAGCGUUGGGAUCAUGAAGUUAAGUCUGGUGAUGAAUCCUGGAGCAAUGUUCUCUCUAUUGGGUGGCAAGGAUCAGUCGGCUACUCUAAUGACCAUGGAUCACUAUCAUCAUCGUUGGGCAGAAUAUAAAAUAGGGAAGGCAUCGUAUUAGUAGUAUAAAUAUAUUGCUGCUAAAUCCUUUGGAGUGGAAUUAAGAGACGCAUACUUAAUUCCAUGUUUUGUUUUCUGAUGAAGAAUGGAAAUGUCAUAACGCUUAAUUUGCAAUCAAGUUAAUUCUCUAAUGCAGUUUGAUGA